GUCCCAAAUGCUGUACCAACUGUCAUCAGAAACAAAUCAGUGAAAAAGUAGUCAUUUGUGACAGUUUAGCAAUCAGCCUGACUUAUUUCAGUCAUCAAGGAUAGCCUUUUGAGCCCUGAAUUGGACUGGCCUUUCCCCAAUGAAACCUGUAUAAAAGUUGCAAUAAGUGACUUAAUAAUUUGUAAAGUAACUCGUUGGCUUUCAGUCAAAUGCCUUGCUAUUUAAGCUUAUUUAGAGAACAAUUAAGCACUGAGUGGUGAACAGCCGUCUUAGCCCCAAAAUGCCAGACUUGGAUCACAUUUUAGAGCACAUCGGGGAAUUUGAUUUUUUCCAGAAAAGAGUCUUUUUCUUCAUCUGCUUGCUUUCUGUUGUCUUUGCCCCAAUCUAUGUCGGGGUUGUUUUCCUAGGUUUUAUACCGAAGCACCGUUGUUUGAGUCCUGGAGUUGCUGAAAUAAGCAGCAGAUGUGGCUGGACUCUGGAAGAAGAAUUGAAUCACACUGUCCCAGAGGGAGAUCCUUUCAUCCAGCAAUGCAGGAGAUACAAUGUGGACUGGAACACAACUGAAGUGAAUUGUACAAAUCCAUUGGAAUCCUUCAGCAGUUACAAGAAUGGCACCAUCUCUCUCAUCCCCUGCCAAGACGGCUGGCUUUACGAUUCUUCCAUACAGUCCAUUGUGAGUGAGUUUAACUUGGUGUGUGAAAACUCCUGGAAGCUGGAUGUGUUUCAAGCAUGCGUGAAUGCUGGUUUUUUCAUCGGGUCAAUAUAUGUUGGAUACAUAGCAGACAGGUUUGGGCGAAAAACAAGUGUCCUAGUUACCACCAUGGUAAUGUCCAUCUCAGGAGUCCUUGUGGCUGUAGCACCAAACUACUUAUCCGCCGUCAUAUUUCGCUUCAUACAAGGACUGAUCAGCAAGGGCAGUUGGACAGCAGGCUACAUCCUAAUCACAGAAAUCGUGGGUGCACGCUACAGGAGGACGGUGGCCAUCCUCUAUCAAGCAGCAUUUGGCAUUGGGCUCCUCCUCCUUGAUGCAUUAGCUUAUGCAAUUCCCCACUGGCGAUGGCUUCAGCUUGCUGUCACUCUGCCAACUUUCCUUCUUAUGCUCUAUUACUGGUGCCUUCCAGAGUCUCCCAGAUGGCUAAUCACUCAAGGACAGAAUGGAAAAGCUAUGGAAAUUGUGAAUUAUAUUGCUAAAACUAACGGGAAAGUUUUACCUGCUCAUUUUGAGAGCAUCAGCCUUGAAGAAGAAAGUGAAAAAAAUGCAAAACUGAGCCCUUCACCAAUCGAUCUUGUGCGGACAACCCAGAUGCGAAAAUACACACUUAUUUUGAUGUACAACUGGUUUGCAAGCGCCAUAACAUACCAAGGACUCAUCAUGCAUAUUGGAGUUUCUGGAAACAAUGUUUACAUGGAUUUUUUCUACUCUUCCCUGAUUGAAUUUCCUGCAGCUGCCAUUCUUGUAUUGACAAUAGAACGAGUAGGUCGCCGCUAUCCCUGGGCCACAGCAGAUCUGCUGGCAGGAGUUGCUUGCUUUGUUACAGCAUUUACACCAGAAGACAUGUACUGGCUAAAGGAGAUUGCAAGUUGCUUAGGCAGAUUGGGAGUCACUAUGGCUUUUGAAAUGGUGUGCUUUGUCAAUACUGAAUUGUAUCCAACAUUCCUGAGAAACCUCGGGGUGAUGAUCUGUUCCUCCAUGUGUGACCUUGGUGGGAUAAUAUCCCCAUUUGUUGUUUAUAGGCUGACAGAGAUUUGGCACCAGUUGCCUCUUCUUGUCUUCACUGGCAUUAGUUUAAUUGCUGCUGGAUCGGUGUUACUUCUGCCUGAGACCAAGGGAAGAACUUUGCCUGACACCAUUGAAGAUGUGGAAAACUUUCAUCGAUACCAUUCUAAACAACUUAAGUAAAAGACACUGUGAAGUUGAAAUGCACUAUUUCAGCUAUUGUCUAUAAAUAGCUUUUAGAUGACCAGAAGAAAAAGUAUUAUGGCUGAAAAACUGUAUACAGCUGCUUUUAUAAACAAACUAACAAAUAAAAAUGUUAGUUCUAUGAAA